AUGGGAUUCACGGAUGAAAUAAGUAAGAAAGUAAAUCAAGCUGUCCUUAAAGCAAAGGAUAAACUUCACGACCAUCAGUCCUCAAAUUCAACAACUUAUAAUAGACCCGCAGCUGCCACACCACAAGGUAAUUGUCCAAUUCAAUUACAAUUCUAUACUCAUAACAUCAGACAGGAUGCCAAGAAUAGAAUGGAGAAUGAGAGAACUUGGCCGGAGAGAAUGCCAGGGGUAGUGCGAUUGAUUCGGUAUGUAUCAUCAUCAAAUCCCACAUUGGUUGGAUUGCAAGAAGUUAAGAACAACCAAUUGAAUGAUAUAAUGCGUGAAUUAGGUCGAGAAUGGACAUAUUUCGGAGUUGGACGUGAUGAUGGGAAGAAAAAGGGAGAAUACUCUCCGAUUUUAUUUAAGAAUUCUGAUUUCGAAUUGUUAUCUGGGAAAACAUAUUGGUUGAGUGAUACUCCAGAUAGAGUAAGUAAAGGAUGGGAUGCUGCAUUUGAAAGAAUUGUAACUAAAGUUUCAAUGAGACAUAGACAACUGGGUAAAGUUAUCAAUUUUUUCAAUACUCAUUAUGACCAUCGUGGAAAAGUGGCAAGAGAAAAAUCAUCAUUUCAAAUCCUUGAUUUAAUGAAGAAGUCACAAGGUAUAAAUGUCUUAGCAGGUGAUUUUAACAGUGAACCGAAGCAUGAAGCUUAUAAGACUUUGGAAAAAAGUUUGAUAGAAUCUUCAAAAGGGUGUAGGCAAAGGGCGGGAUUUGAACAUACCGUGACUGGUUUUACUCUUGGUAAGAAGGAAUCAAGUAUUGAUUUUAUUUGGGUAACUCCAAAUAUUCCAAUUCUUUAUCAUGAAGUAUUAGAUCAGACUUAUGGUAAUUAUUUAUGCAGUGAUCAUCGUCCUGUAAGAGCCAUUAUUGAAGUAUAG